AACUUUUGGAUUACUUCCGGCCCUACGGACCGCCUGCACUCAGUCAUGGCGGCGUAUUUCGCCUUUCGUUCGGCGGCGCUGCGUGGAGCCAUUGCUUUACACCGAGGCUCUCCCAAUGCGAUCGUGGGCCCCAGGGCUUUCUUUGCCACAAAAGCCCCAUUCGAAGAGUCCACGGAGGAAUAUGAAUUCGUCGAGCGUCUCAUCCCGCCGUCACGUGUACCCUCUCCGCCCAAGCACUCCGGGCCAACGCCGUCCGGCUGGACCCCGCCGGCAGAGUCUCCGCCGUCACUUCCUUACAUGAUUCGCCGCUCCCGCAUGCACAACAUACCGGUGUACACCGACGUGACCCACGGUAACCGCUUCAUGACUUUGGUCCGGAAGGUCGAGGGCGACAUCUGGGCAUUGGAGAAAGACGUGAAACAGUACCUGAAGGACGUGACUGGCAAAGAAAUGCCCACUCAGGUCAACGAGGUCACGAUGACACUGAGGGUGAAAGGACAGUUUGACAAAGAGCUGAAGGAAUGGUUGACCAGUAAAGGCUUUUGAACGCGCUCGGUGGAAACCUGCCUGUGUCAGACACUCGCGUGUGCCACGAGACAGAAAGUGACACGCUACUUGGACUCUUGAGAACUCCAUAAAUGCAUAACGGCUGGCAUGCGAACCAGGCUCUGUCAGGUUUUCGUGUCUGAGAUGUUGGUAAUGACUCCACAUGUUUAUAAAGCGUUAACAAUUGUAAA